AUGAAGGUUUCUACUUCUGCGGGCGCGCUCGCCGCUCUUUCUUUCGCUUCUUCUGCAUUUGCUGCCUCCAACUCUUCUUCCACCCUCACCAACGCCAUUCUCGCCGACGGAUAUGUCUCCCUCGGCCGUUUCGACGAUGCCUACCAGAAGGCCAAGGCCUUUGUUGCGACUCUCGACACCGCCGCCAAGGUUUCCAUCAUCACCGGCCAAAGCGUUACCGGCAACGCCACCUGGACCGCCCUGAACAACAAGGAUGGUGUUUCCGGCAUCAACUACCAGUUCUACGUCUCCGGCUUCAGCAUGGCCAACGCCCUGACCAUGAGCUGGAACCGUCAGCUCAUCGAGGAGCAGUUCAAGGCCAUCGGUGACGAAUUCUACGGCAUGGGCUACAACCUCAUCAACGGACCCGAGGCCGGCCCGCUCGGCCGCACCCCUUACGGUGGAAGAACCCCCGAGACUUUUGGCUCCGACCCCUAUCUCACGGGUAUCGCCAUGGGCAAGGCCAUCUCCGGCAUGAACUCCGCUGGUGUCAUCGCCGGUGGCCGUCAUUUCCUCCUCAACGAGCAGGAGACUAACCGAUCUUCUGGUAUCUCCGCCACCACCACCAACGUCUACUCCUCCAACGCCGACGACAAGACCAUCCACGAGCUCUACUCCUGGCCCUUUGCCGAUGGUGUCCAGGCCGGCAUGAUGGCCGUCAUGUGCGGCAUGACCCGCGUCAACGACACCCUCUCUUGCGAGAACAACGCCCUCGUCAGCAAGCUCCUCAAGAAGGAGUUCGGUUUCCUCGGUCUCGUCUUCCCCGAUGUCAACUCUCAGUCUACCUCCUACGGCUCCGCCAACGCCGGUCUCGACUACGGCUCUAGCACCUACUGGACCGAGGACAUCCUCACUGCCGGCAUCAACAACGGCAGCUUCACCCAGGCCCGCCUCGACGACAUGGUCGUCCGCAACGUCAUUGGAUACUACUACGUCGGUCUCGACGACGACGGCAAGCAGCCCUCCAAGGCCUCCACCACCGAGUACCGAGACGUCCGCGGCAACCACUCCAAGCUCAUUCGCCAGGUCGCCGGCGAGUCCAUCGUCCUGCUCAAGAACUCCAACACUUCCGGCCUUGGUCUCCCUCUCCAGAAGCCCCGUACCAUCUCCCUCUUUGGUGCUCACGCCGGCCCUGCCCUCGCCGGCCCCAACCAGCCCUUCAGCGUUCAGGGUACCGACAGCGACGUCUACCAGGGUCACCUUGCUUCCGGCACCAGCUCCGGCCAGCUCUCGCUCCCCUACCUCGUCACCCCUUUCCAGGCCAUCACCCAGCACGCCAUUGACGACAACAGCAUGAUCUGGUGGCUCCUUAACAACACCUACACCUCCACCUCUUCCGGCGGCAUGUCUGGCGGCGGUGGCGGCGGCAGCCCUCCCGGCGGCUCUUCCAGCAACAGCACCGGUGGCGGCAUGGGCGGAGGCAUAGGCGGUAACAGCACCGGCGGUGGUAUGACCGGCGGCGGCGGCGGCGGCCUCGGCAACCUUGGCCAGGGUACCGCCAUGACUCCGUCCUUCACCAACUACGCCGAGAACUCCGAGGUCUGCAUUGCCUUCAUCAACUCCUACUCCGGCGAGGGUGGCGACCGUAGCCUCCUGUACGACGACGAGCAGGAUGCCAUGGUUACCUCCGUCGCUUCCAACUGCAACAACACCGUCGUCGUCGUCAACACCGCCGGCCCCCGCAUCCUCGACGCCUGGAUCGACAACGAGAACAUCACCGCCGUCAUCUACUCUGGUCUCCUCGGCCAGGAGAGCGGUAACGCCAUCGCCGAUGUCCUCUACGGCAACGUCAACCCCAGCGCCAAGCUGUCUCACACCAUUGCCAAGGACGCCGACGACUACCCCGUCUCCAUCUGCUACACCGAGGACUGCGACUUCACCGAGGGCGUCUUCAUCGACUACCGCUACUUCGACUCCAAGAACAUGACCGUCCGCUACCCCUUCGGCCACGGUCUCAGCUACACCGCCUUCACCUACGGCAAGGUCGACGCAAAGGUCACCAACCAGACCGCCGCCGACUCCACCUACCCGACCGGCACCCUCGUCCCCGGUGGCGAGGAGGAUCUCUUCGAGGAGGUCGUCAGCGUCAAGACCAACAUCAAGAACGACGGUGGCGUCCAGGGCGCCGAGGUCGCCCAGUUGUACGUCAGCUUCCCCUCCGAGGCUGCCCAGCCCCCUCGCGUGCUCCGCGGUUUCGAGAAGAUCGACCUCGCCCCCGGUGCUGCUGGUGACGUGACCUUCAGCGUCCGCAGACGUGAUGUGAGCUACUGGGAUACUGUUGCUCAGCAGUGGGCUAUUGCCAAGGGCAAGUACACCUUCUCUGUCGGCUCCAGCUCGCGCGACAUCCGCGCCUCGGCGGACAUUACCAUUUAA